AUGGCCCCGCGGUCCUCCCCGCCCGCGCGACGGGACGGGCGGCAGGUGGUGCGGGCGUCGCCGCUCGCCGGGAAAUGCGAGCUACCUGGGCAGGACUCGCAGAAACCCUCAGGACCCAGCUGUGGGCCCACGGCACCCUUAGGCAAGAAGGGGAAGGUGGCCCUGGCGUGGCCUCCGCUGUCCCGGUCAUGGAAGAAGGACCACGAGCAGGCUCUGGCCGUAGCUUACAUGCCGGUGGUGGUGGACCUCAGCGGCCAGAACCAGGACAAGCUCACCUUCAAUUUCUACACCUCCCAGUACCCCAACUCCCUGAGCCCCUUCCGCACCAUGCAGAAGCCUACGUGUGGCUACCUGUACCGCCGGGACACGGACCAUACCCGCAAGCGCUUAGACAUGCCUCCUGUUAACGCGAUCCUGUGGCGCUCCUAGCCCCAUGCCAGCCAGAGGCCCCUGCCUGCCCCCCGCCCAGGAUCCCCGGUCCUGGAGGGGAGGGCUGUGCACCCCAGCGGCGGUGGACCGUGCCUGGGUUGGGACAGUUGUGCCAUGCCCACUAUCAGCACUGGUAAAGGGGGGGUGUCUCUUCUUGGCAGCCAUUAAAGUUUGUUC